AUGAGAAAUAGGAGCGAUUUUACAACACAUGGCUUGCAUCUAAAUAAAAGAGGGAAGAAAUAUCUUGUAAAUUCAAUUCUAACAACUAUUAUAAAAGUGCACACGCGUAAGAACAAAGUUCUAGAGCACAAAGCCUCAACUCCAGAGAGAGCAAAUUUAUCUUUAAACUAAGAAGCAUAGACGAAACCCUAUUAAAAAAUAAGGUUGAGAGCACUAAGUCAAAUGAAUUCAAACUAAAGAGUAAAUUUAGAAUUAAGCUUAUUAUGCAAAAUAUUCAGUACCUUAAGGAAAAGAAAUUUUUACUGAGUGAUUUUCUCUAUGAGGAGGAACCACACAUAGUAUGUCUUUGUGAACAUGGACUAAAAAAUGAGGAAAUAGAACAACUCCGAAUUCACCCCGAGUAUGAUAUAAUAUCUUAUUUCAGUAGGAAGAAAUACAAAGGAGGUGGUGUUAUCAUAUUGGUACAUAAAAGCAUAAAAUCAAUACCAGUAAAUAUCGAGAGAAGCAGUGAGGAAAAAGUUUUUGAAUAUGCCAUGUGUCUGCUGCCUGAUUUAAAGAUUAGAGUGAUUGCCAUCUACAGAUCACCAAGCUCUAAUGUAAAUGAUUUCCUAGACAAGUUAAAUAAAAUGCUUGAUAAUGUAAGUCUGAAAGAACAACUAAUUAUCGCUGGAGAUUUUAACAUAAACCUAGACUCCGGAUGUAACGAUAAACAAGUUAGGGAUUUCUUGAAUAUCAUGAAAGAGAAUGGCUGUAAGCAUACAGUCUCAGAAUA